GACGGCCGUCGACGGAGGCGCCAUUUUGUGAGGCGGCCGUACCCUGUUGGAAUCCCUUGGCACAAAACCGCUACUGCUGCUACUUCCGUCCUUCCUGGGGGAAAAACAAAAUUUGAACCUUUUGGAGCAGUGUGCUAGAUCUUCAGCAGGACAAUGGGUUCAGACAAACGAGUGAGUAGAACAGAACGCAGUGGAAGAUACGGGUCCAUCAUAGACAGGGAUGAUCGUGAUGAGCGUGAAUCCAGAAGCAGGAGGAGGGACUCAGAUUACAAAAGAUCUAGUGAUGAUCGGAGGGGUGAUAGAUAUGAUGACUACCGAGACUAUGACAGUCCAGAGAGAGAACGUGAAAGAAGGAACAGUGACCGAUCCGAAGAUGGCUACCAUUCAGAUGGUGACUAUGGCGAGCAUGACUAUAGGCAUGACAUCAGUGAUGAGAGGGAGAGCAAGACCAUCAUGCUUCGCGGCCUUCCCAUCACCAUCACGGAGAGCGAUAUUCGAGAAAUGAUGGAAUCCUUUGAAGGCCCUCAGCCUGCGGACGUGAGGCUAAUGAAGAGGAAAACAGGUGUAAGCCGUGGUUUCGCCUUCGUGGAGUUUUAUCACUUGCAAGAUGCUACCAGCUGGAUGGAAGCCAAUCAGAAAAAGCUGGUGAUUCAAGGAAAGCAUAUUGCAAUGCAUUAUAGCAAUCCCAGACCUAAGUUUGAAGAUUGGCUUUGUAACAAGUGCUGCCUUAACAAUUUCAGGAAAAGACUAAAAUGCUUCCGAUGUGGAGCAGACAAGUUUGACUCUGAACAGGAAGUGCCCCCUGGAACCACAGAAUCAGUUCAGUCUGUGGAUUACUACUGUGAUACAAUCAUACUUCGAAACAUAGCUCCACACACCGUGGUGGAUUCCAUCAUGACAGCGCUGUCUCCCUACGCGUCCUUAGCUGUCAAUAACAUUCGCCUCAUAAAAGACAAACAGACCCAGCAGAACAGAGGCUUUGCGUUUGUGCAGCUGUCUUCUGCAAUGGAUGCUUCUCAGCUGCUUCAGAUACUACAGAGUCUCCAUCCUCCUUUGAAAAUUGAUGGCAAAACUAUUGGGGUUGAUUUUGCAAAAAGUGCCAGAAAAGACUUGGUCCUCCCAGAUGGUAACCGGGUCAGUGCUUUCUCCGUGGCUAGUACAGCCAUUGCUGCCGCUCAGUGGUCUUCCACCCAGUCUCAGAGUGGUGAAGGAGGCAAUGUUGACUACAGUUACCUGCAGCCAGGCCAAGAUGGCUACGCCCAGUAUGCUCAGUACUCACAGGAUUACCAACAGUUUUAUCAGCAACAGGCUGGAGGAUUGGAAUCUGAUGCAUCAUCUGCAUCAGGCACAGCGGUGACCACCACCUCAGCAGCUGUAGUAUCUCAGAGUCCCCAGCUAUAUAAUCAGACGUCCAAUCCACCCGGCUCUCCGACUGAGGAAGCACAGCCUAGCACUAGCACAAGUACACAGGCCCCAGCCGCUUCCCCCACUGGUGUAGUUCCUGGUACCAAAUAUGCAGUGCCUGACACGUCCACUUACCAGUAUGAUGAAUCUUCAGGGUAUUACUAUGAUCCGACAACAGGGCUGUACUAUGACCCCAACUCGCAGUACUACUACAAUUCCUUAACCCAGCAGUACCUGUACUGGGAUGGAGAGAAGGAGACUUACGUGCUGGCUGCGGAGUCUAACUCCCACCAGCAGACGGGCCUACCUCCUGCAAAAGAGGGGAAGGAAAAGAAGGAGAAACCCAAGAGCAAAACAGCACAGCAGAUUGCCAAAGACAUGGAACGCUGGGCUAAGAGUUUAAACAAGCAGAAAGAAAAUUUUAAAAACAGCUUUCAACCUGUAAAUUCUUUGAGGGAAGAAGAAAGGAGAGAAUCUGCUGCAGCAGAUGCUGGCUUUGCUCUCUUUGAGAAGAAGGGAGCCUUAGCAGAAAGGCAGCAGCUCAUCCCCGAAUUGGUGCGAAAUGGAGACGAGGAGAAUCCCCUCAAAAGGGGUCUGGUUGCUGCUUACAGUGGUGACAGUGACAAUGAAGAGGAGCUGGUGGAGAGACUUGAGAGUGAAGAAGAAAAGCUGGCCGACUGGAAGAAGAUGGCCUGCCUGCUCUGCCGGCGCCAGUUCCCAAACAGAGACGCCCUGGUCAGGCACCAGCAGCUCUCAGACCUACACAAGCAAAACAUGGACAUCUACCGACGAUCCAGGCUGAGCGAGCAGGAGCUGGAAGCCUUGGAGCUGAGGGAGAGAGAGAUGAAAUACCGGGAUCGAGCUGCAGAAAGACGGGAGAAGUACGGCAUUCCAGAACCUCCAGAACCUAAGCGCAAGAAGCAGUUUGAUGCUGGCACUGUGAAUUACGAGCAGCCCACCAAAGAUGGCAUUGACCACAGUAACAUUGGCAACAAGAUGCUGCAGGCCAUGGGUUGGCGGGAAGGCUCAGGUUUGGGAAGAAAGUGUCAAGGCAUCACAGCCCCCAUUGAGGCUCAAGUCCGGCUAAAAGGAGCUGGCCUAGGAGCCAAAGGCAGCGCAUACGGACUGUCUGGUGCAGAUUCCUACAAAGAUGCUGUCCGGAAGGCCAUGUUUGCCCGGUUCACUGAGAUGGAGUGAGCCUCAGAGAGAGGAUGAGAGAGAGAGAGAGAGAGAGAGAGAGAGAGAGAGAGAGAGAUGACAAGGAGCUCCAGAGAGCACAAGGAGUGCUCCAUAUCUUGAAUUCACUCUGACCACCUUUCUCUUUAAGGGCAUGCCUUGUGCUGUUAAUAGUUUUUAGGGCAAACCACUUCAUUCUGCAAGGUUCUCCCACUUAAAGGAGUUCCCCUAGUAUGGGUUAUCUGGUGAAUGGCCUGCCUUCCUGCCAGAGGGCUUGUGAGCUGGCCAAGGGGACAGUGGGUCUUUUAUACUUCAGUGUACAUAGUGUAAUUGUAGUGUUUUACAUGUGUAGCCUAUGUUGUGGUCCAUCAGCCCCUUGCAUUCCUAGGGGGUGUUGAGAUGCCCUAGGGUGGUAUGUAACACCAAAGCCGCCUCUGUCAUUUGUUGUGCUGUCUUUUCUCGGCAAAAGCCUUGUGUAUAUUUGUAUAUUACACAUUUGUACAGAAUUUUGGAAGAUUUUCAGUCUAGUUGCCAAAUCUGGCUCCUUUACAAAAGAAAUACCUUGAAAAAUGUG